AUGAGGAGCCCGGCGGAGGCGCAGAAGGAUGCCCUUGUGCACUACAUCAGGAAGGAGAUUGAGGACAACAACCUCCUCGGUCUUGUCGGCGAGGAGCUGGACGGUAUGGCGGACAUGCUCGCAACGUGCGGUGUGCGGCGCGAGGUGUACGACUGGUGCCAGACGCUCGUGGGCGGCGAGGUGCUCGCUGCAGAAGUUUUGAGGCGCCGUGACGACAACGGGCCUCCCUUCGACGACACACCUGCAGCGAAAAAGACAUCACCAGCAGCAGCGGCGGUCACAGGAACAAGCGGUGGUGGUGGUGGUGGUGGACGUCAGCUCAACGUCGCCGGAAAGAAAGGUUCGAAGAGGAAAGGCACAUCGCUGGCGAAGGCCGCUGGCGGAGGGGCGACCGCGUUGAAGCCCGGCCUCUUCGAGUGUGGCUGCUUCGCCACGGGCCACAAUCUGCGCGGGAACUGUGCCAACUGCGGGCGCAUCAUCUGCGAGCAGGAGUCGGACGAGAUGUGCUACAGCUGUGGCCUGGAUCCGUCCAUCUGUGUAGCGUACGAAGUUAAAGUCCAGGAAGGCCUCUUGAGUGCCGCCGCGCUGGAGAAGAACCGCAAUAAUUACGAGGCGACCAUUGCCAAGCGUGACGAACUGCUACAGUACGCCGAGACACGUGCGAAGCGCACCAAAGUCAUUGAUGACCAGGCUGCUGUGUUUCUGUCGCCGAAGCAUGCGUGGAUGUCGGUGGCGGAGCGCGACCAGGCAGACGAAGACGAGGCGCUCGCGGAGCGGCGCCGCAAAGUGGCCGCAAUGCACCGCGCGACCGGGGCGUACAUGGUGCAUCUGGACAUCAUGAAGCAGAACGUAUCACUCUCGCGGCAGGACAUGCUGCCGACGCCACACGGGAGCUCAUCCUCCGCGGCUUCGAAGUGCGACGCGGAGGAAGAGGUGUCGGCCGAAGACGAAGAACAAGAUGAGGAGACACGUGCGCUGCCGCUGCCCACGUUGAUGCAGAAGAUAUGGUACAGCCUGGAUGGGUCUACCGAUGCGGUCUCCACAGCAGCCACAGCUACUGCUACUCCUGCAAGUCUUAUUGGUACUGCUGGUGGUGCUGCUGCUGCUGCUGCGAAUGUGGGAGAAGCGAUGCGGAAGCCGAAGGUGCACCGCGUGGUAGAGGUGUCGCGGCGUGUGCAGCAGGACUACUACGAGGACGACCUGCAGUUCUUCAUGACAGCGCAGAGAGAAGGGCAGGGGGAGUAUGCCCGCAUUGGGCCAGAUGGACUUGAAGCAGUAGACGACAAGGUUAGCGGUGACGAGGAUGAAAACAAAGGAGCCGCGAUAGAAGCUGCUGCUGCUACAUCCGGCGUGAUUGAUCGGUUCGCACCGACGCCGACGAUGCGGAUGAAUGAUGACGGCGUCUGCCUGUCAAUGCACCAGCCGUGGGCGGGACUGCUUGUGGCUGGCGUGAAGCGGCACGAGGGGCGCGCGUGGAGCACCGACUACCGCGGCCGCCUGUGGAUUCACGCGGCGUCCGCUCAGCCGCACGAAGUUGCGGAGGUGGAGCAGCACUACGCCCAGUUUAUGAAGCCCACGCAGAAGCUCCCGCAGCAUUACCCAACACGCGUGCUGCUUGGGUACGUCUACAUUACCGACUGCAUGGACCGCGACACGUACGUGCAGACAUUCAGCGAAGAUGAGCGGCAGGAGGCCUCGCCGUUUAUGUUCAUCUGCGCGGAGGCCAAGGCGCUGCCCUUUCCGCUGCCGAUGGAGGGCAACCACAAACUCUUCCGCCUCGACCACAAGGUGCACACCGCCGCGAAGAAGCAACUGAUGGAGAUUGUGUAA